GUGACCAGCAAUCCUUUAUCAUCACCGGAGGUGACCGUAUCUCUACAGUCUUCAAAGACGGGCCUUUUACGUCCGAAUUCCGCCCUUUUCUUCCCCACCCUAUCGUUCCAUUGGUCUGGGACAGCAGAAUUUGGCCGAGAGGAUAAAAACCGAUAUCGACUGGAUACCAUAGAGCAUAUUACAUCCAGUUCUUGUGCAUUAUGGAACAACAAAACGUAGAUGAUAUCCUGGUCAUUUGGAGGGGCAGGGAGCUUAAGGUGGAGGUUAAUCGACACUCUCAGGUCAGAGAGCUUGGACAGAAGCUACAAAUGUUGACUAAUGUCAAACCAGAUACUAUGAGGCUUCUUGUUCCACAAUCCACCAACAAAAGUUCAAAAUUGAUUACUCCAUUUUCUGAUGUCGACUCGAGUUUAAGCUUGCAAGAAGCUUCUAUUCUUGUGGGAAAGCCCAUUAGAAUGAUGGGUGUUUUUGAUGAUGAAAUUGAGGAGGUUUCACAAAAUGGUAAGAAGCCAGACUUGAGGAUACUUGGGUUUGACGAGGAGGAAAAGCGGCUGAGACAACGAAUGCUGAAUAGGCCUCAAGUUUCUCUGAAACUUCCACAAGGAUCCUACGUCUUUUGUGAUUUUCGCACGCUUAGCAUUCCAGGGAUUGAGUUGAACCCUCCACCUUCAGAGGCACUGAGAAGAAUGCACAUGCUUGCCUGUGACCCUGGAAUUAUUGCCGUCAUGAACAAGCAUCGAUGGCGGGUAGGAAUUAUGACUGAAAUGGCACCUGUGGGAUAUGUAGGCAUCAGUCCUAAAUGCAUUCUGGGCUUCAAUAAGAAUCAAGGGGAGGAGAUAUCGCUUCGUCUUCGAACUGAUGAUCUUAAAGGAUUUAGAAAAUAUGAAAGCAUCAAGCAAACUCUGCUGCACGAACUUGCACACAUGGUAUAUUCUGAACAUGAUGCGAACUUUUUUGCUCUAAAUAAACAGUUGAAUGAAGAAGCUACUAGCUUAGACUGGACAAAAUCAAGAAGUCACACCCUGAGCAGUCACAAGAUCACUGAUCAUUAUGAGGACGAGCUUUAUCUUGGAGUAAGCAGCAAUGAUAAAGGUCAAAAGAUUGGGGGAACAUUUAGUUCAUUGGUUAGCGCCCGUGCAUCAUCUGUGGCUGCUGCAUACGGUCGUUUCUUAAGUGCCACCUCUAGUGCUGGUUUGGUAGGACACCAAGAAACUGCUCAUCAUUCUUUGAGUGAUGACCACAAAACAUUGACAACAAUUGAACCUGAUCCUGAUGAUGGUGAGCUGAAAGGUGAACUGGAGAAUAAACAUGCUGAACCCGACCCAGAUGAUGCACAAGCUAUGGAUAAUGAUGUUAUGCAUGUUGAUCUGAUCAUCGACAGCAGUGAGCUCUCUUCUGAAUUUUCUAUGCUUGAUGAGCAUGGUGAGCCAGAUCCUGAUGAUUGCUUAGACAAUGGAAGGAUGUUUGAACCUGAUCCUGAUGAUUCCCGUGCUGUGGAUUAUUUGGUGCCUGGUGAUGAACCUGAUCCAGAUGAUUCUGUAGUUGGUGAUGUUAUGAAAUCUUUUGAAGAGCCUGGUUCAGAUCGUAUCAGGUCAAACAGGAUAAGUGAGAAUUGCCAAAAUAUGUCUGAACCUGAUCCUGAUGAUUCUAUAGCUACUGGAACAAUCAAGGGUGCAAAACAAAUGGAAGAUACCUAUGUGCGAGAGAAAUUUGCGGAACCUGAUCCUGAUGAGCGCACUAAGGAAAUUGUUUUGAUACCUGGCAGCAGUUUGGAACCUUGCGCUCGAGGUCUGCAGGCAACUGAAAGUUUGAAGGCUGAGCCUGAUCCAGAUGACCAUAUGGGUGGCUUGGACAACCAAGAACUACAGAGAAUUGAAGAUCCUGUAGUUGCUAUUUGUUCACGUCUUCAGAGGGCCAUUGAAAUGUUAAGAUCUGAAGUGACACCUGCAGAGGCUACCUCAGCUCUUAAAACACUUUUCAAGAUCAUCAGGAAUGUGAUAGAACACCCUAAUGACGUGAAGUUCAGAAGACUAAGAAAGGCCAAUCCCCAGUUCCAAAGGAAUGUGGCAAAUUAUAAAGCUGCCUUGGAAGUUCUCGCGCUGGUUGGCUUCUGCGAAGAUGUGAUAUCGGAUGAAGUUGGGCGAGCAGAAGCUUACAUGGUGUUGAAAAGGAAUGAUCCUGGCUUGCUUUGGCUUGUGAAGUCUUCUUUGGAAGUUUCUAUAGCCUAGUGAUCAUUAGCUUAAAAUUACAUUAGUUCUUAAACAAAUCAUAUGCUGUAGAUGACAAGGCAUGUCAGUUUAUGCGUGGUGGUUGCGGUUGCAUGUAUAAACUGAUCGGUUUGGCUUUGAAAUGAUAUGUAAUUAAAAGUGAAGUUGCAUACUCGCAUUUGUUUUUUAUUACAACAGAAGAAACCAUGGAAAGGAGCUUUGCCGGA